AUGGAUAACGUAGAAGAUUUCAUGAACGGUUAUGAAAACAAAAAGUACUCAAACAAAACCAAGAGAAAACAACUUGGACUCUCAUGCAUGUUAAACACGGAAGUAGGUGCAGUUUUGGCAGUGAUUCGUCGACCAGAAUUCAACCCUCUCUACAACAUAUCUUCAUCAGAAGAAAGCAACGAUUCAUCCCUUGUUAGUUCCUUAAGAUCCCUUCGUUCUCUCAUUUUCAACCCUCAACAAGAAUGGCGCACCGUUGACCCUUCUAUUUAUAUCUCUCCUUUCCUUGAUGUCAUUCAAAGCGACGACGUUCCAGCCACUGCUACUGGCGUUGCUCUCUCUUCCAUUCUCAAGAUUCUCAAGUUCGGAGUAUUUGAUCACAAGUCCCCAUGUGCAAGAGAAGUCAUGGAAUCUGUUGUUUCUGGGAUCACAAGCUGUAGGCUUGAGAAAACUGACCCAGCUUCCGAAGAAGCUGUGAUGAUGAAGAUACUGCAACUUCUCAGCGCGAUAAUGAACCAUAGGGCUUCGACUUUGCUCACGGACCAAGCUGUUUGCACCCUUGUCAAUACGUGCUUUCAGGUUGUUCAACAAUCCGCGAGUAGAGGAGAUUUGCUGCAGAGGAGUGCGAGGUACACCAUGCACGAGCUUAUCCAAGCUGUGUUUACAAGGUUAGCUGAGAUUGAGACUAGGGAAAGAGAAGAGGACUCAGAGUCAGACAUGGAGGAUGAAGAUGAGGGUAUGGAAUAUGGAUAUGGGGUUCGUUGUGCCAUUGACAUAUUUCAUUUUCUGUGCUCUUUGUUGAAUGUUGUGUCAAUAGUAGAUUCAGAUGGGUCUACUUCUCAUACUGCUGAUGAAGAUGUUCAGAUUUUUGCACUUGUUUUGAUCAACUCGGCUAUAGAACUUAGUGGGGAUGAGAUAGGGAGGCACCCAAAGCUUUUGAGGAUGAUCCAAGAUGAUCUCUUUCACCAUUUGAUUUAUUAUGGAAUAUGGUCUAGUUCGUUUGUUUUGUCCAUGAUCUGUAGCACCGUAUUGAAUGCCUAUCACUUUCUAAGAAGUUUUAUUCGUUUCCAACUAGAGGCUUUCUUUGGAUAUGUGCUGCUUAGAAUUGCAACUUCAGGGAGCACAGUUCCACUUCAAGAAGUUGCAAUUGAAGGAAUAAUAAAUUUCUGCAGACAACCAACAUUCAUAGUUGAAAUUUAUGCAAACAGUGAUUGUGAUCCAUGUUGCCGGAAUGUGUUUGAAGAUGUUGGUAGAUUGCUUUGCAAGCACUCAUUUCCAAUGAAUGGCCACCUCACUAGUUUGAACAUCCAAGCCUUUGAAGGACUAUUGAUCGUGAUUCACAACAUUGCAGAUAAUAUUGACAAAGAUGGUUCAACAGGCCCUUUAGGUCCAUACUCAAUUCAAUUAGCCGAGUAUAAACCCUUUUGGGAAGAAAUAGAUAGAGAAGAUGACUUGGAAGCUUGGGUGGAACAUGUAAGGAUGAGAAGAAUGCAGAAAAAGAAGUUACUGAUUGCAGCAAACCAUUUCAAUAGAGAUAAUAAGAAGGGUCUUCAGUACUUGAAGCAUGCUAAAUUAGUCUCAGAUCCUCCAGAUCCCAAGGCAUAUGCAUACUUCUUUCGUUACACUCCUGGCCUAGACAAGAAGACAAUAGGAGAAUAUCUUGGUGACCCUGACCCUUUCUACCUCCAAGUUCUCAAAGAAUUCACAGAAACCUUCCAUUUCCAAGGCAUGGUUCUUGACACUGCACUUAGAUUUUAUCUAGAAAGUUUUAGGCUACCAGGAGAGUCACAAAAGAUUCAACGUGUACUAGAAGCAUUUGCGGAGAGAUUCUUUGAUCAUCAAUCCUCAGACAUAUUUGCAAGCAAAGACACUGUUCUCAUCUUGUGCUACUCCCUCAUCAUGCUUAACACUGAUCAGCACAAUCCACAAGUUAAAAAGAAAAUGACAGAAGAGGAAUUCAUUAGGAACAAUAGAGCAAUCAAUGCAGGACAGGAUUUGCCUAGAGAGUACCUUUCUGAGCUAUUUCAAUCUAUUUCCAAUUAUGCAAUUGCCCUUGCUCAAACAACUGUAUCAUUAGACAUGACCCCAAGUAGGUGGAUUCAGCUCAUAAACAGAUCCAAAGUAACAUCACCUUUCACACAAUGUGACUAUGAUCGUAGAAUGUGUAGAGAUAUGUUUGCCUGCAUUGCUGGUCCAUCAGUGGCUGCUCUAUCAUCAUUUUUUGAGCAUGCUGAUGAUGAGGAGCUUCUCCAUGAGUGCAUUGAAGGGUUAUUUGGAGUUGCAAGGAUUUGUCAAUAUGGACUAGAAGAUACACUUGAUGAGCUCAUAACAUCCUUCUGCAAAUUUACGACACUGCUAAAUCCUUAUGCUUCUAUAGAAGAGACUAUGUUUACCUUUAGUCAUGAUUUGAAGCCAAGAAUGGCAACAGUUGCUGUGUUCACCAUAGCAAACUACUUCAGAGACUCAAUUCAAGGAGGUUGGAAGAACAUAGUAGAUUGCUUGUUAAAACUCAAAAGGCUUAAACUGAUACCCCAAUCUGUCAUUGAUUUUGAGGCAUCAGAUGUCCCAACAACACCUGUAGCAAGUGGCAGUCAAAGAGUUGCUAGCAUGCUCACCCGUUUUUCGCUUCUUUCUUCAGAUAACAUGGAUGAUGGUUUGAGCCUUGGUAGUGAAUUUGAGCAGAACCUGAAGAUGAUCAAAAUGUGCAAAAUAGGUAGCAUCUUUAGCAACUGUUCAAGCAUUCCCAAAGAAUGCUUGCAGAGCCUGGGAAGAUCUUUGAUAUUUGCGUCUGCAGGAAAAGGCCAAAAGUUUAGCACACCAGUGGAGGAAGAAGAAACAAUUGAGUUCUGUUGGGAUUUGAUCACUGCAAUAGCAUUGGCUAAUGUUCACAGAUUCCAUAUAUUUUGGCCAAACUUCCAUGAAUAUCUUCUUGCAGUUGCUCAAUUUCCCAUGUUCUCCCCAAUCCCAUUUGCAGAAAAAGCUCUUUUAGGUCUUCUCAAGGUUUGUCUCAAACUCUUUUCUGCACCAAGAGAUGACAAACUAGCCGAGGAGCUUAUUUUCAAGUCCAUAACUUUAAUGUGGAAGCUUGACAAAGAAAUCCUCGACACGUGCCAUGAGAUCAUAUCACAAACAAUCAGCAAAAUAGUCAUUGAAUACCCUGCAAAUUUGCAGACUCAAAUUGGAUGGAAGUCAGUGCUGAAUUUGUUAUCAGUUGUAUGGAGGUAUCCUGAAACCUAUGAUCUGGGAAUUGAGGCCUUGAUCUCAUUAUUCUCUGAAGGCACUCUAUCACGUGCAAAUUAUUCAUUUUGCAUAGACUGUGCUUUUGGUUGUUUUUUAGCCAAGAACAGUCCAAUAGACAAAAAGAAGAAGAUACUGGACCUGUUGGCUGAUUCAGCAAACUUGUUGGUUCAAUGGCAAAGAAACCAAUAUUCAGAUCCAGGUAGUAAUGUUAGUACAGCAAGCUACACUAGCAAUUCCUCUAUGGAGGACAAUAGUAGAGGCCCAGCUUCUGCAAACUAUAACAUGAAUCUGUUUGUGAAACUUGGAGAAGCAUUUAGAAGGACAAGCUUAUCUAGACAAGAAGAGAUAAGAAAUCAUGCAGUUAUAUCUCUUCACAAAAGCUUUAAUCUAGCUGAAGAACUGCUUUAUGUAUCAUCAAACUGCAUUAACUAUUUCAACCUUGUGAUUUUUGCCAUGGUUGAUGAGCUUCAUGAGAAGAUGUUGGAAUACUCAAGGAGGGAAAAUGCUGAGAGGGAAACAAGAAGUAUGGAAGGGACCCUUAAGCUUGCAAUGGAGCUAUUGACAGAUAUGUACUUACAGUCAUUGAGACAGAUAACUGAGAGCCCAGCUUUUAGGACAUUUUGGUUAGGCAUAUUGAGAAGAAUGGACACAUGCAUGAAAGCUGAUUUGGGACAGUAUGGUCCAUCCACUCUGAGUGAAAUAGUCCCUGAUUUGUUGAAAAAGAUAAUAACACAAAUGAAGGAUGAGGGAAUUUUAGAGCCAAGAGAAGAUGAUGAUUUGUGGGAGAUUACAUAUAUUCAGAUACAGUGGAUAUGCCCUCCUCUCAAGGAUGAGUUAUUUCCAUUAUAG